UCCUGCAGCCCGCUGACACCCGUUAGAAAGACCUCCGCGAGAGGGAAAGGAGCGCACGACGCACCGCCAAACGCAGAGCGCAGGAAUUCUUCAUUUCUCUCCGCAGGUGCACAUCAGGCUGAGGGUCCAAUAAGUGCUGCUGUUUGGGAUUUUAAAAGGUUUCUGCUCAACAUAACAGCGAACAGAAGACGGUGGCAAGAGGAGGACGAGAGAGGUGAGGGGGGAGCCAUGCUGUCUCUGAGCUGUACGGACCCCUGGCCCGAAGGCUCGGUGGGGCUGGAGGAGGAGGUGGUGACGGCCGCUGCCCAGGCUGAGCAGCGGGACGCCGGCAGCAUCAGCAGCUCAAUCAGCCUGGAUGACAGCCUCACCAGCCUGCAGUGGCUGCAGGAUUUCUCCAUCCUUGGUGCCAACGUGCCGCACCACGCGCACCAGCAGCCGCACCUGUUCGGCCACCAGCAGCUGGGAUCCGACGCCCCGGCCUCCCCACUGGCCGGAGACCCCGCAUCCAUCGGGAUGCCUCUGACCCCCGGGAAGCCCACAGCGGCGGCGUACAGCAGGAUGCAGUCCCUCCCCGGCAUCGUGGCGCACGGGCACUGCCCGGACGAAGUGGACUAUAAGACCAACGCGCACAUUAAGCCGCCGUACUCGUACGCCACGCUCAUUUGCAUGGCCAUGCAGGCCAGCAAGAAGAGCAAAAUCACUCUGUCCUGCAUCUACAAGUGGAUCACCGACAACUUCUGCUACUACCGCCACGCAGACCCCACCUGGCAGAAUUCCAUCCGACACAACUUGUCCCUCAACAAGUGCUUCAUCAAGGUGCCUCGGCAGAAGGAUGAGCCGGGGAAGGGAGGUUUCUGGAAGAUUGACCCACAGUAUGCUGAGCGUCUCCUGAGUGGAGCCUACAAGAAGAGACGAAUGCCACCAGUCCAGAUCAACCCAGCCCUGCAGAAUAGACUCAGAGUCAACCUCCAGCCCCAGUCCAGAAGGCCCUGCAGCCCCGCGGGGAGUCCGGUCUGCCUGCGCAUCAACCCGGAGUCCCAGCUGCUCCUCCAGGAGCUUGAAGAGAUGACUGGAGCAGACCCCAACCUAGCUGAAGGAACCAUGCUGGGGUCCUGGCCAGUGGUCAGGGGAAGAGGUGGGCACAAAAGGAAAAAGUCGCUGGGCUCCAAAAAAGCCCCCCGGCGCUCCAGCUCCCCUCUCCUCUGUGUGGAUGAACAGAAGGAAGUCGGACCUCUGAAGGGAGACUUUGACUGGGACGCCCUGCUGGAUUCAGCCCUCAGUGGGGAGCUCAGUCUGGAGGGAGGGGAACCUCUGAGCCCCAUCAUGAAGGAGGAGGACCUGACAGUGAGGGGGACCCACAUCUCACCUGUUGACGCCCCUGCAGGGACGGCAGAGCAACGAAGUAACGUGUCUGACUUUGAUGAGGAGACCUUCCUCGCCACGGCUUUCCUGGAGACGCCCUGGCCAGAGGAGGAGGAGCAAGGCAGCGGGGACUUCCUCUGUAGCUCCACCGUCAACCUGGACCAGUUGUUUGACCUUGGAGGCUCAUUGAACGGGGAUGCCAGCAGCCGGAUUGACGCCCUGCUUUGAGGAAUAAUUCCAAGUCUGAAAACCCUCCUUGGUACAGGGAAAUAAGACGAUUUUUGUUUUUUUACACUCAUGCAACUUAUUGUCCUUUCCAAGAUGUUUAUUGUGUUUUGAAAACUACAUUUUGAUGGUGAUACUUGUUGGAAAUACUUCCUCAACACCUACUGAACAAUGAUGCCACAAACACAAACAAGUGACUUAACUGUGGAGAAAACUUGUGAAAUCACUUUAGAUGAAAUCAUUUGAGACGUAUGAAAGUUUCUAAGAUGAAGGCCUGGACUCAUCAGACAGCAGCACAGUGAAGAGCUGAGUGUUUGGACCAAAUCAGCAGGUUUAAAUUCUCAGUUUGAAGAUUUGAAAAAAGAAGUUAAAUGGAAAGAGUGAAAAUGGAAAAUUUUUCUACUGAUGAGCCCAAAUGUUUGGGGUCAGGAGAGAUGGAAACUCUGUAAAUCAUCUUACCUGACAUAUAUUAAAAUGAUGUGUCUCACCAGCUGUUUCCAGUCUGAGCCAAAUGACCAACAUCUUCCCAGAUAGGAUAAAAUAUUCCAGAUAUUCCCAGAGAUGAAAGUAAUUCCCUGCAUUUUCCUCCAGCGGAUGUCCACCACAGUUGUUUAGGUUUAUUUCCUGUUAGGACUGACCACUGAAAACGCAGGCUAUACAUCCCCCAUCAAACCGAUUAUUGGAAACAUGGUUAAUAUCUCUAACUUUCAUCUAUUCCAUCAUUUCUUUGGGCCUAUAGGACAUAUUUUUUUCAUACCUCCUAUAGAGAAACAGACUUUUUCAGUUCAGUUCAAUUCAGCUCAUCUUUAUUUGUACAUUGCCACUUCACAAUAAACUCAUCUCAAGGCACUUUUACAGAUGCAGUUCAAUUCAAUCCAGUUCAUUGUCCAGCAGUAGUCCAGUUAAAAUAAAUCCAUAUAUGAUCCACAUUAAUCCCAAUAAAUGUG